UUUCUCAAACUCUUGUAAGUACAUAUGUUUUACUGUUUUUUUCUGCCCUCCCCCACUUGCAGAUGGCUAUGCUCCAUUUCUUUCUUUGACAAAUCGAGACUUUACAUAUACUAUUCCAAAUGCUGAGAUUGAUGUUCCAGGACCAGGAUACUAUGAUAUUGCCAAAGUACAGAAUAAUAUAAAAGGUGGUCAGAGUCCACAGAACAAAGAAAAACGUUUCAAGGAGAUUAGUAAAGACACUCCAGGACCUGGAAGCUAUGACAAACCUCCUGCUGUGGGCUUAGAGAUUAAUAACAGGAAGCAGAGAGAUCCUAAAGAACCAAGUCAACUGAGGCCUGCAGACAGCAUAAAAACCUACCGAAAAGUGGAUGGUCCCUCAAUCCCUUCUCUAGGCCAAGCAUUUGGAUAUGAAGAAGCUGAAGAUGGCACUCUUGUUAAACAAUACCCACCUCAAAGAGAUGUGACAUUGGGUCCAGCAUUCUAUCAACCAGUAUUUAAUAGUGCCUAUUCUGCCAUGAAGUAUAAAGGAGUACAUUUUGGUAAUUUAACAGGAAAACGUGGUGAAUUUAAGGCUCAGGAAGGGCCUGGACCUGGGGAGUAUGACAUAACUCAGGAAAGUGCAUUGCAUUAUGAGAAUGUCAACAUCAGAAAGGAAGACAAGAAAAAAUAUGAACCCUACAUCCCACGGUAUCAUGAAGUAAUAGUAUUACAGGAAGAAAAGAAGGGUGUUCCAGGACCUGGACAAUAUGAAAUAAAAAGUCAGUUUCAGAAAGUGGAGAAUGCAACACAAAAUGGAAAUGAAGUCCCACGUGCGCCUUUUCUUUCACAAUCCAAAAGAUUUGUAGAUGUGAAAUCAAUCACCCCAGCUCCUGGCACAUAUAAUGAACCACGCUCUGCUCUUGAAUCCUUGAAGAGAACAACAGGAAUGAAAAAGAUCCCAUUUGGUCAAACUACAGUUCGAUUCACUCAAGACUCCAGGCUAGAAAAAACACCAGGUCCAGCAUUCUAUAAUAUUCUUAACUAUAGUAUUGAAAGAGAGAGUUUUAAAAAAGCUUACUUGGAGAGUACAAAGAAAGGAGUAUUUGGAUCUUCAGCUCCUCGACCUCUAUAUGUUUUUAAAAGAGGAGAUUUCUGUACUCCUGGACCAGCUGAUUAUCAGGUCAAAGGGAGCACUGACGAACCACAUAAACAACAUAAGCAAUUAUCUGUUUUCUUGUCAUCAGCAGAAAGAACUCCAGUAGUUGCCAUG